CGGAACGGUAGUCCGCGUAGUUUUGGCGAACGGUUGGCUCUCGCCUUGUCUCGCACAAGAUAUAAUUUCUGAUCUUUCGUGAUCUUCUCUCAAUUGAUCCUUUCUCUGUCCUUUCUUCGUAUAUCCUUCAAAUGCAGCUUCUCACGCGCGACUAAGCCGAGACGGUCCUUCUCGUCCGGCCGUUUUCUUUUUUAAACACCGGCUUGUUUCUCAACAUUUGCGAUCAUCUAUAUAUCCAGACGGGACGAUCACAGAGACCGUCCUUCUUCGAGAAAGUGGCGCUCAAAUGAUCAUCAAGUAGCCGAAGUAUUUAUCGGUCUGAAACAUUCGUCUUGGCCGCCACCGACAUUCUUUGGAGAGAGAGAGAGAGAUUGUUUCAUUUUUCUCGUGUUUCAUUCCAGUCUUCAUUGAUACCGGGAAUAAAUAUGAUACAGUCGAAUGUCACCUCAACAUUUUCGCGCUAGAUGACGGAUAAACUUCUCUUUGAUACACAACGGAAACAACGAAGAAAACUUAAGUGGUGAAAAGAAAAAAGAAAAGGACGGGGGAAGAGAGCGGACGAAAAUUAAGAGAGAUUAUUAAUGGUGCCUUUUUCACGGUACGUCGCGCGUUCCAAAUACCGACGGCAUUCCUGACGCUUCUUUCAGUGCGUGUGUGGAAGAACGUGCUUCCGUAAAGAACGUGCUAUUUGAAGAGAAGAACUUCGGAGCCAAGCGUGGCGGAAAGAAACUCGCACUCCGCGUCCGUUCGCGGACUCAUCCAGGACUAUAUAAUGUGAUCGUCAAAUAUACCGUUGUUUGUAUCCGAGAAGAGGACGUUCAAUUGUUGCCGUUGUUGCGUUUGUUUGUUGUUUGUUGUUUUUGAUCAAGCGCGUCGGAUUGAUUCUUAUCUUUCUGGCGCGUGCGGUUCAACUCACGCAUUUCCGGCAUUCCUGGAGAUGCGGGAUAUAGUUCGGUACAGGCGCGUGCACACGUAACUUUCGUAUACAACAUAAUAUAUAUAUGUAUAUAUAUAUAAUAUUACGCAUACACACACAUAUGUGGGAACGUGUCAUCAGUUUUACACGCGAGUCCCAUUAGCGACACUUGCGUAAUCUAGGACAUUUAAAGAGCGCCACAAUUGUGCGAUAAUUUUAACGACCGCUAUUCAAUAAAACAUAACGAGCAAACCAACCAUUUCGAAAUUGGGUUAAAUUGAAGACUUUCAAAUCGUCGGGCCGAACUUCCGAAUUGUAAAGUCGCGCCCUGUGCUGAUGACGUUUCUUUUGAAGAAACCUUUUUUUUUCUCUUAUCUCGCUUAAAGAUAAGCAUUCUUAUUGACAGAACGUGAUCAAUGAAAGGCCAAUAAAAACGGAAGGCCGCGCAGGUAAAUAAUUGAAUGGAAAAAAAACGAAGAACUAAUACAAGCACUCGGGACGAGAGCGUAAGAAAUAAUAGAACGUGUAUAUAGAACGUGAAAGUGUAGCAAAGAGGAAGAAAAAAAAGAAAAAAAAUUAAGUAACGACAAUAAAUUGAUGUAAUAAAAAUUGUCGAUCGACGCACGAAUCAGAACUAUAUAACGCGUUAUCGAGCGACAUUGGAGGAGAAAGGGUGAAUUACCUGCGUCUCCAACGAGAACAUCGAACUGAUCCGUCGAAGCCAAUCCAAGUUCGCGUGUUAUUGCGCUUUUCAUCAUCGUAAAGUUUCUUUCUUACGCAGUGUAAGAAGAUACACGCGCAAUACGUAUCGGGCGCAAGUGAGAGAUCGAAACCGCAGCCAAACGACAAAAAAAAAAAAAAAAUCGAAUCAUGAAACGUGAGACGUCGACGAGCCGCCAGCGAAUCGUCAGGGCGCACAUAGAGUGCAUUGCCGUUGGGAGAUAAAGCGGGAGGAGGGUAAGAGCACUCGUUUCCGUCCGAGUAUCUUUCACGACGGACGAUUAAGUCGAUUGAGAGUUCGCGGAACGCAUCGAAUACUCUUCCGAAUCGUCUUCUUUACGCGAGGAGGUAAUAAAAACGAAAAUGGAAAUCGCGGCGUCGGCUAUGUUAGACGGCCUGAAAAACAAUCGUAUCGGCAAGUUGGCGCUGUCACGGUUCUUAUCGCAGAGUCUAGCGCAAUUAGAAACGACCGGUAGUCCCGCUAGUAAGUCUCCGGCAGGCGGAAGCGGUGGUCCCGCGAGCGGUGCAGCAGGUGCAACAGCAGGACCUGGUAGCGGAAGCAGCAAUGCAGGAAGCGCGGAACCUCGCACGCCAACCGCCGGACUACAGAACAAGCAGCUGCAAAACGUCAAAGGAGAACACCCUUCGAAAGCGUUCUUGCAAAGCAGAUCUAUCUCUUUGGUCGACAUGUAUAUCGACAAUUCGGAACCGAGUGAGAACGUCGGCCAGAUCCACUUCAGCCUCGAGUACGACUUUCAGAACAGCACGCUUAUACUGCGCAUUAUACAGGGUAAAGAUCUACCGGCGAAAGACUUGUCAGGCACUUCCGAUCCGUACGUUCGUGUUACAUUGCUCCCGGAUAAGAAACAUCGGCUCGAGACAAAAAUCAAAAGGCGCACGCUGAAUCCGAGAUGGAAUGAAACGUUUUACUUUGAAGGCUUCCCCAUACAAAAGCUGCAAAGCAGGGUGCUACAUCUGCACGUGUUCGACUACGAUCGAUUCUCGAGGGACGAUUCCAUAGGGGAAAUGUUUCUGCCGCUUUGCCAGGUCGAUCUAUCGGAGAAACCGUCAUUUUGGAAGGCUCUCAAGCCGCCAGCUAAAGAUAAAUGCGGGGAACUCUUGUGUUCACUGUGCUAUCAUCCGAGUAAUUCCAUAUUGACGUUGACUCUUUUAAAGGCGAGAAAUCUCAAAGCUAAAGAUAUCAAUGGAAAAUCAGAUCCGUACGUCAAGGUGUGGUUACAAUUUGGCGACAAAAGGAUCGAGAAACGCAAAACUCCAAUUUUUAAAUGCACUUUGAACCCUGUAUUUAAUGAGGUAUUUUCUUUCAACGUACCUUGGGAAAAGAUCAGAGAAUGUUCUCUAGAUGUGAUGGUGAUGGAUUUCGACAACAUUGGACGAAACGAACUGAUCGGUCGGAUUCAGCUCGCAGGAAAAAAUGGAAGUGGCGCGAGCGAAACAAAGCAUUGGCAGGAUAUGAUCACAAAGCCGAGACAGACCAUUGUGCAGUGGCAUCGCUUGAAGCCUGAGUAAAGGAUACGCUUCCCUUGAUCGACAACAAAUGAUAUUCUGUCGAGCGAGUUCUCGAAGUUGAAGUUACGUUAACGAGGCAACUUUUUCUUUUGCCCGAUAUUCCCGCAACCGAUCUCGACGAGCACCAUUCGCAACGACUGUGUGCAGCAUCCCUUUCCCCUUACACAUCGCACUCACGGCGUUCUUAACGAUGCUGGUCGUCGAGGAACCGUGCCGAUCGAAAUGUUAAUCGCGAUUGAAACGAAGCGUUUUUAUUGCUUUUUGUUGUCUAGCUGUCAUUCCGUAAUGACGAAUUACGCGAUUCUAGCGUUAUUGUAACACAGCGAUAAAACUUGAAUUCUUCGAAAACGAUUCGGUCGUUAGAACACAAAGCGCUCUAAACGCUUCGUAUGGCAUCGCCGAACUUAACGCGAUGAGAAUGCGUGGAAUCUCUGCAGAAAUUACAGUCGUGCAAAUGGCAGGCACUUUAACAUAAAGAAGAGGAAGAGCGAUAGCUACGGGCGAAACGCCGUAGCGAAAUCGAGAAGCUUCCCCUGACAUGUCAAGUGCCGUUUUCUGUUUUCACCCUUCUCUUCCUAUUUCCUUCUUCCGUGUCUGUCCUGUUGCCGCCCGGUGCGACGAUGAGCGAUACAGAGACUACAAAGUUAUCCUCGUGAAUAGUAUUCGCUCUACGACGAACACUCCGAGCGUUUGUUUAUCAGACGACGCAAUCGUCUAAUGGACGUUGUUAAUCUUGCGGACGGUUUGUGUUGUUUGAGUCUUGCAUGCGCUCGCGAUGAGAUUAUAUAUGCAUUGUCACGGGAUUCUAAAAGAAAAGAGGCAAAUAAGUGAAAGAGAGAUAGAUACGUCGCGUUUUUGGAAGAAGUGUUGCUUUUGCGAGAAAAAAUUAGUGUUAUUAUAUAACACUAAUAUAAAUAUCAAUUUCUCGCGAUGUGUGUGAUAGGUUUUUAGUGAAGUUCGCCCGUAGAACGGAGGGUUUGUGUACAAUAUUUAAAAAUUUCACUACUGUGAUCACAUUAACUCAGAACUAAAUGCGAUAAUCAUAGGCAACGUCAUCGUUACACGCGUACCGUCUUCUUUCACUUGCCCCUUCGAGUUCAUCUAAAUGGAGUGAAUUAUUUUUUCGUCAAAGAACGAAAAAACAAAGAGAAUCCAAAGAACGGCAAAGCUGAUGAGUCGUAGGAUAAUGAGUAUUAAUUCAGCAUAAUAGUAACGGUUACGCAUACACAUUUAUAUAUUUAUAUUUGUAAUAAAUAUUAUUAUACGCAUUAUAGAGUUACGUGACCAAGAUUUAGCGAAGACACGUUUGUUGUCUCUCUGUUAAAUUUGUAAAAUUCAUCCUUUUCCAAAUAUCUACAGUGAAAACUCCCGUGACAAGCUGAAUAAGUCUUGUAUCAAACAAAGUUGAGCAUCUAUUUUCUUUAAUUCUGUUUGCAUUUUUCGAUCUCUCAAAACUUAUACAUAAAAAAAACUAACGUGCAGAAAUGUUUGGUAAAAUUGAGCACAUUUAUACAAAUAUAUGAUCGAACAAUAAUUAUAAAUACAACUUUAAAGCCAAUUGUACAAUUGACAUUUGUACAUUUAAUAUUAUUUCAACAUUCAAAUUUAUAUUUUUGGAGAUGUUUUAAAUUAUUUUUGAAAUAAUUUCCUGUGGAAAUCAUUGCCUGUUAUUUUUCGCGAUUGCAUUAUAUACACUGACUGGCAAAACCCUUAACAUUUACAAGAUUUUUAGCCCGCCUCAAUAUUUUCCCAUUACAGAUACUUUAUAGUUAGAGUUUCAUUACGUUAAACUAAAAGUUAAAAUAUUAAAAAGAAAAGUAGUAAAAAACAAUUAUUAUUCAAUAUAAUAUGUGCAGUCAUAUUGCAUAAAAUUCUAUACAGAGUAUUUCUAGUAAAUGUUAAGGCAUUGAUGCUGAUCUUUGUACGUAUUUUACUCUUUCUGGUCGUACCUGAAAAAUAUGUCAGAGAUGAAGUGAAUCUUCGAGAUUGCAUCACAUCUGAAGUGGCUUUAGAAUUACUUUGCUAAUAAAGUUUCAAAAUUGAACUACUUUAUUGGAACAGCCUUGUUUAUCGACUAUGCAGAGGCGAUCACAUUUCGGUAUAAUUGGAUAGAGUAGACUUCCGGAAUCAACCUCGCUAAAAAAAAAAUCAUUGCAUACAAUUUCCUUUAGUUCUAUCAAAAUAUAUGUAACAAUUGGUUCAUUGACACAAAUUACACACAUAACAUUGAUGUAAUCACUCAGUAAUGCUACACAUAUAAGUAAAGACAGAUGUUGACAAAACUUUCGCAAAAGAUUAUAGUCAUAGUUUUCACAAUCGUUGAUAUUUGUGAUGUUUCGAAAAUACAA